GUGUCAAAAAAGUUUUUUUUGUUUAAUUUUGGAUCUGCAAAAUGGUGUUCUACUUUAAAAGCAACAUUAUCCAGCCGCCGGCCAUUUUGUACAUGGGCCGCGACAAGCACGAAAACGAGGAACUCAUCCGCUGGGGCUGGCCGGAAGAUGUCUGGUUCCAUGUAAACAAUCUCUCGUCGGCUCACGUUUACCUGCGUCUGAAGCCGGGUCAGACCAUUGAUGACAUACCCAGCGAUGUGUUGGUGGACGCGGCCCAGCUGUGCAAGGCCAACAGCAUCCAGGGCAACAAGGUGAACAAUCUGGAGGUUGUCUACACCAUGUGGGAGAACCUGAAGAAGACCCCCGACAUGGAGCCGGGACAAGUGGCCUAUGUCAAUGAGGGGGCUGUUCGCAAGAUUCGCCUAGAGAAGCGGGUCAAUGAGAUUGUGAAUCGCCUUAACCGUACCAAGACGGAGGAGGAGCAUCCCGACUUUCGUGGCCAGCGCGAGGCGCGUGAUGUGGCUGCACGCAACGACCAGAAGAAGAUGCUUCGCGCUAAGCGCGAACAGGAGAAGGAAGCGGCCAAGCAGCGUGAACUGGAGGCAGAGCUUCGCAGCUAUGCCUCGCUCCAGAAGUCCGAAAAUAUGCGCACAAACUACGAUGCAGGCAACGAGUCGGACGACUUUAUGUAGUAUCAAGUGCAUUUACCUCUACGCUAUGAUUAUCAUUAUAUGAUAUUCAUAAUACAUUUUUUUGUUAAUAAAUUAUAUAAUAUAAAAACCUUUA